UAUUGAAGGAAAAUAUCGGCUACCAAAUAUAUGAUUAUACUCUGUUUAGAACUUCUUUUUCCUCACCAGUGUCCAAUGCUAAUUGCCAGGUGCCACUGUCCAGUGUCAACAAUCAAGUGAUUUUUUUGUAUGAAAGGUUUUCAAUUUCAAUACAAACCAUAGAUGUAUUAGAGAUUGUGUUAAACUUUUCAGUUUUUCCAAAAAAUAUUAUGCUGUUCAUCUCUUAAAUAUGAAUUCAUUUGUAUUUUAAUUAAUAUUUUGUAAUUAAACUAUUUUAAUCACAAUAAAGUAGUAGUUAAAAUCUAUUUCGAGGUAGUCAAUUUCUAUCUAUUCAUCAGGCCAAUAAAAAUAUGAUCGUAACAACAGACAUGACGGCGAAAGAAAUGAUGAACGAUUUUAAAGAGACCUAUGCUAAAGUGAGAAAGUUACUUGAUGAUGAUGCACCUAAUGAUCCAACUAAUGAACCAUAUUUGUCAAAGUAUAAAGCAAAAGAUAUCUUGAAUAAAAUGCGAGAAGCUCUUAUGAUCACAAAAGGCUCUGAAAGAAAUUGGGAUAAUGUAAAAAUUGAUGCUAUGCUUGGCGUUGUCCUUCUUAACAUAGGCAUUAUCGACAUGGAAACUGAUGACGCCUCAGCAAGUGAAAAAGUAUUGACUGAAGCAGAAACUCUUCUCCUACCACAUUCAUCAAAGCCAGAAGUAGUAUCCACUUUAAUCAACAUUGAAAAUCACCUUGGCUUACUGUGGUCAAAUCGGGAUGAGCCAGAAAAAGGCAAAUCCUUUCUUCUUAAAGCAAAAGAGUUUUAUGAAUCAUUUAAAUGUACAAUGCAAAUGCCUAUAUCUAUAGAAAAUAUAAUACAUGACAGAAUUACAAGUGAUAUUAUGUUACUGGAAAAACCUUACACUCUCACUCUUUAUUACUUAGCUCAAGUUUACGGUUCUUUAAAAGAGAAUUUAAAAUCUGCUAUUUAUUGCCAUGUAACAUUACGUAGGCAAUUGCAAUAUAAUGAUUAUGAUCCAAUUGAUUGGUCCUUAAACUCUGCUACUUUAUCACAGUUUUUUGCUGAGAGAAAUGGUUUCUUUCAAUCACGACAUCACCUUGCUGCCGCAUCAACUAUAUUGGACCAGUAUGAGGCUAGGCUGCUUGCAGAUGAAACCAAUGAUGAGGUAUUGAUGGCUAAAAAAGAACAGUUUAAUCACAGAUCAGCUGAUGUGGCAAGAUGUUGGGCAAAAUAUUGUAUUAUAUUGAUGACUGCCUCAAAAAAUAGACUUAUGAGUGACCCUGACAAUUUAGAUGAGGCAAUUACAGAUUUAACUAAUCUUCAAUUAGAGGACAAUGAAAACAUUUGUGGUGGAGAUAUAAAGAACCUAGUUUUUCCUGAUCUGGAUGUUUCGAAACAUGAAAAAAAAAUUGGCCAUAAGUUUCUUCUCACUUACCAAGAUGCUAGGGAAGUUUUUCUCAAUUGUCAGACAUGGCUAAAUAAGGCAAAAGAGUAUUAUACACCCGAUACUCUAGCCUCUGAUUAUAUCCAAUUGGUUCAAGAUAACUCUGAAGCAUACUCAUUUCUAGCAUUUUUUGAAGAAGAUGAUGGAAGAAGGGCUAAAAUGCAGAAGCGAAGAAUAGAUAUCAUAGAAGAUUUGCUGAAAGAAAUAAACCCUACAUAUUAUCUACAUUAUUGUCAACAGCUGUGGCAUGAACUUGGUGUAAUAUAUUCUGAAAUUUUGGACAUUAAACUUGAUUCAGUAAAAAAAAAUGAGGGCAAACCAACACCUCACCUUUUGAAAAAAAUCAAUAUGCUUUGUGAAAAAAGCAUUGAAAACUAUGAAAGAUUUAUUGAAUCUUUUAAAGAUAAAAAUGGAAUUUUACCUUUGAGAAUGGAAGAAGAAUUUGUUAGACCACUUGUUUGUGCAUAUGCAUUUAUUGGAAGAAAUAGUAUGAAACGCAUUGCGUUAGACAAACAGACCCAACUAAGUCACGUGAAAAAGAGCUAUGAAUCAUACCAAGCAGUUGUGGAUAUUUGUUCAAAUGAUAAAAACUCAGCAAAAAUGAUGUCUGUAGAAUACAGUUUAUGCCAAGAAAUGGUUAAGAUAUUACCAAUUAAAAUUAAGAAGCUUGAAGCUGAAAUGGUUACACUAAAAUAAUCUUAAUUUGCUCCCUUCCCUUCAUCAACCGUGCAUUAGAAAUCAAACAUGUCCUCUGUCAAGGGCAGUACUUUACAUACACAUAGUCAUUAUGGUUUAAUUGUAUGCUUGCUCUUGCAUUUCUAAUAAUGAUAUACAUGAAAUUGAGUGAAACCAUUAAUUUUUCUUAUUAUGUUAUUAGAUGAGGUUUUUACACAAACUUUAUACAAUUAAUCUAUACAUAAAACAGCAUUGUUUGGCUAAAAUGAAGAUUAUUAUAUCUUAUAUAUAAUUAAAUAUUAUUGUAUUUAUUCGGAUUUGUAGAACAAAAUUGUCUUCAAACAUAAUCAGGCUGUCGCGAAGUAAGUCAUAAUAAAAUUUAUGUUGUGCUUUUAACUUUAUAGCAUCUAUAAUAAUUUGUGAUUAAAAAUUGUUGCUAAAUGCUGUUUUUAUUCACUGACCAGAUCUUAAAAAAUACAAUCAUUUUAGUUUAAUUCGCAGAUUACCUAGGCCUGUAUAAAUAUUUGUACAUAUUAAAAUGUGUGACAAGGUUAGUUUCGGCAAAAAAGGGUAUGAAUUAUUCUUGGCAUUACGAAACACAUUCAAUUAGAUUUUAAUUGA